CACACACCUCCUUUAUUAGUCAACAAACAUAACCAAGAAAGAUGAACUACUAGUGAAUAGAAAAAGCUUUGAACAGAAAAAGAAAAAGUACUAAUAUGGAAAAGAAAAGUUAAGAGAUCCCAUUUUCCUUGUCUUUGCCUUGCUUUCAAUAUAAGCUUCUUACCCCUUUCUCACGUUUUCUCUUCCCCUUUCAAACAAACUUGUCCUCUACCAAGUUUUUCUGUGCCUUCUAUUCUUUAUCCUUUCUCUACCACAUAUAAUGUACAACACCAUUUCCCUUUAUCUUUAACCUAUCCUUCCAAUCAUUGUUUUGACAAUAAUGUAAUAUAUAAGCUUUGAGUAUAUUUUCUUAUUGAAGAAGCUUGUUUACAACUUCUUGCUUUAUUUGUAAGAGCUUCUUUUCAUUUUCCACUACCUAAAAAAGAUUGUUCAUGGAAUAGUAUUUAGCAAGGUUUCUAUAGAGUUCACAACUGCGAUCUGGGCCGCGACAUCAAAUUUUUACAUUUCUAUGUCGUGUCGCGACUAAGUCACAUCGUCUGUAUAUAACUUCGAUUCUCUGCAAUAUCAAGAAUCACAACUCGAUUGUAGUUUUAAAUCUUGGUGUUGAGUGUCUCCAUGUCGCGUCCCGAUUAUCCAACAACAUGGAUUCCUUAUAUAAACAGCAAAGAUUGUUCUCAAGGAUUUUGUAGCGUGUAUUGUCCGCAAUGGUGCUACAUAGUUUACACUCCUCCACCACCACCACCUUUUCAAUACCCUGAUGAUGAUUCAAAACCAUAUUUUUCUCCUCUUGUUAUUGCAAUUUUGGGAGUUUUAGCCACUGCUUUUUUACUACUAACUUAUUACACUCUAAUAUCCAAAUAUUGUGGUCACAGAGAAUCUUCAAGAAGAAACACCAAUGACCCAGUUGAUGAAAUCCAAGAAAAUCGCCGCGAAAAUUGUCAAGUUUCAACCUUUGGUUUAGAUGAUGCUCAAAUAAAAUCCAUUGCAGUUUUUAGCUACAAAAAAGGAGAUGCUUUUUUUAGUACUACUGUCACAGAUUGUUCAGUUUGUCUAAGUGAGUUUCAAGAUGAUGAAAGUGUUAGACUUUUACCAAUGUGUAACCAUGUUUUUCAUCUUCCUUGUAUUGAUACAUGGCUUAAAUCUAACUCUAGUUGUCCUCUAUGUCGUUCUAGCGUAUUCACUUCGAAUGCUUCAACACAUCAUGUUCAAGUUCCGGUUACAAUUAUAGAACUUCCUUCAAGAAAUGAAACUUUUUUAGAAGAGCAACAAAUAGUUGUGGAAGAAGCAAUGAUGCAACAUAGUAGAGUUGAGUCGAAGGCGCCAUCAUUGCGCGCUUUUAGUGAUUUGUGUAAUUUGCAAGGAAGAGAAAGAAUAAUCGAAAUUAGAGACGAAGUUUGUGAAUCGAUCGGAAGGUCAGUGUCUAUGGAUCAUUCAUUUCAAAAUGGUUUUUCAAUUGGUGAUGUGUUGAAUAUGAAUGAAGAUGAAGAUGAUUCUUGUGAAGAAGGAUGUUCAAUGGAUGUUAGUUCAUCAAAGAUAUCACAAGGAGAAAGUAGUAAAUCAAGGUACAAAAGAAGAGUGUUGCAUUGUGUUAUGAGUCCAAUUGCAAUGAAGAGAUCGUUUUCUAAUGGAAGAUUUUCACUUGGUAAAAUUGAUAGAGGAAAAAGGCAAGGAAUUUUGCCUGUUUGAGAAUUUUAUUUAUGUGUUUGUUUUUAUCUUUUGAUGAUAUAUUAAGAAGAGAGACAGACCAAUUUUUUGUGUGAAGAUUGCAUAAAUUUAUGUUACUAAUCUUUGUUUUUGUAUAUUACCUUUGCAGGGGGGGCUAUUUUUUUCUUAUCUGUAUUUUUCUUUUAAAUAUGUAUAUGUUAUUUAUGCAAUUUGGAUCCCUGAAUUAAUGGGAUCAAGAUUCUUUG